AAAAAAAAAACACGUGAGGGGUUCGGCUUGCCACAAUCAACUACUACCACCUUCCCGCACGCCACACAAUCUAGAUCAACAAGCUUUAUUUGCUGCACCGAAUCAUGAUGUCUUUUUUCUUUACUAACGUACUUGUCCUAUUGGUUCUGUGUUUGGGAAUAUCUGUUAAUGGCUUUGUCCCCAAAUCGGUCCUCGCACCCCAGACCUUUGCCGCACGUCGCUCAAGUACGACUCAGGUAUACAACUUUUUCGGAGAACAAGAGCGCGAUUCCUUAACGCGCGAUUCAGAGCCGGAGCAGUUCUUUUCAACUAACACGGACAAAAUGUCCGACGAAGAAAAGCUUCCUAUUGCCAUUGCUGGGGUCGCCUUUAUCACCAUUCCUUUCAUCGCUGGUCUGAUUGCUCUCUAUGCUGCAAAAUAGGCAUGUUACGCCGUCGAUGAGCUCUCUACCAUGCAAAAUAAGACAUUUCCUGUCACGCCGUCUCAAUGCGAAUGCCUUUUACCAAUAGAACAGAAUCAACUUUUUACUCUAACCUGCAACUGUUCUCUUUGGACCAACCUGCGUCAGUCGACGUCUCUCAUCAAAACGUUCAACAAAUAAGCUAUUAGUAGAUGCACAAAUAUUCGUAUGUUU